AUGUACAAAGCCCCAGCCCCCAAAAGGCAGAAGUGUGACCUCUGGGCCCCCUGCCCUCCUGGGAGCUUUGCCUAUCGCAUCCUCAGUGGUGGUGGCAAACAGAGGAGGCCUAAAAUUUGUUUUGAGGAUGAGGAGUUUAUAAAUGAAGAGAAUUACGAAGAUGGAAGUGGCAUAAUCAUUGCCACUGUGAAUUAUAAAACAGGAAAACUCAUGUUGAUAAAUUUUUUUGAAAUGUGGGCAAGAGACCACUCAAGGGAGAUGAUGGAUUUCAUCAGGAAAGCACCAGAAGGGACCCUCCUUCUGAUGGCCACUCAGGAUGAUGGCAGCACCAGGUUGAAUGAUGAUGCCAAAAAAUUAGUAGAAGAACUGGGAAGUAAAGAAAUAAAGAAUAUAAAGUUCAGAUCAAGCUGGGUUUUUAUAGCAGCCAAAGGCUUCACGCUGCCAGAUAAUAUCCAAAAAGAAAAGAUAAACCACUCUGACCAGACAAAGAACAGAUACAAAGGCUGGCCAGCUGAAAUCCAAAUAGAGGGCUGUAUUCCAAGAAACCUGAUCUGAACAAAUGCAUACCUCAUUAAUAAAGACAAUUCUAUAUUUUUAUACCUAUUACUGUAAUG